CGGAGGAAGCCAAGCUUUCCGAUUGGUCGAGCAAACGUCACUGCUUUCGACGAUAAGUCGACGAAAGUUUUUCGAACGCCCUUCUGAUACGUCACAGUCACGUGUUGGCGGCAACAUUAGCCAUUUUCUUUUUUCAGAAGUUAAGAAAUCGUUGAGUUCUGCAGCCUUUUUCACAUAAAUAUCGCUAUGUCGGAGAAUUCCUAUCAAGAGAUGCUCGAUGAGAUCAGCAAAGCGCAGAUGGAAUUGAAAAUUAGGCUCGAACAGAUAUCGAAGCUGAGAAUUGAUUGCGCGAGGAUGCAACUGGAAUUACUAAAGCUCUACAAGCCACAAUGUCUGGAGAUAUUGGAAAUGCUGCAGACCGUUUCCGAACCCGGGGAUUAUCCCGGUUUUGAUGAUGAUAACAUCAUCGGUGGAUCGCGCGUCAAUCACGAGAAGGGUAGCGAAGUCCUUCGCGCGAAUGAAGAUGUAUCGGGGACAAUGUAACGCAACUGCGUAAGACAAAACAAGAUUACGAUCCAAUUAUUAUACUCGAAAAAAAAUUCUUCGUACUUUGUAUAUAAUUGGAAAUUAUAAUGUAAGUUUGUAAGCAAAAUAAUAAUAAGG